AUGGACCAGGGAGGCGUGCGCAUGAUAGGCCUAGGCGGGCGUGGGCGGCCUCGCACGGCGCCCAGACUGGGAGACACGCCUGCGGACCCCUUCGGCGUAGCUGGCGCUAGGCUUCUGGGACGGGAAAGUCGAACCCCACCCGUCACGGUGGUGGUAGUGGGGCGGGACAGUGUCCGGCGGCUGAGGGGGCGGAGCGCCCCAGCGGCGCCUUCCUCAGCCCUGCCCGCAGUGCUCCUCUCACCCGCUCAGCUUAAGGCCAUCAAGGACGCCGCUCACUUGGUGAGCGAGGAGACACGCUUGAAGCAGGUGGAGGCGGCGAAGGCGGCAACGGUGAAGGCCCUAAAAGAGAAGGAAGAGAGGAGGAGAGCGCAUGAGAUGAUGGAGGCACGAUACCGGCGACAGAGACAGCAAGAUGAGCUAAGAAGCUUAGAGACGUGGCCUCCAGGAGCUCGCCGUAAGGAGGUUUUGAUGGAGGAGGAGCGCCGCCAGAGGGAGGAGUUAGAGAGGGAAGAGGAGGUGAAGGAGCUGAGGAAGCUGGUCUUGGCGGCCAAGUGUCACGCCAUCAGAGAGGCGCAGAUUCUGGAGAAGCAACACAUCAGAGAGCUGGAGAGAGAGGAGGAGGAGAGGCAGGCAGUGAUGAUGGAGGAAGCACGAGUGAGAGGGGUGAAGGAACAGGAGGAGAGGGACAACGCCAGGCAGGAGGCCAAUCACCUCUCAGCUCUGGCUCUCGCGCACCAAAUACAGCAAGCGAAGGUCGUCAAACAUCAGCUGUUUAGAGAGAAGAGGAAGGAAGCCCAGAGUGUCGCCAAAGAAGCGCAAAAAUACAACGCCGAAAAGGAAGCAGAGAAGCGGAAGAAGAAGGAGAAGGUGCAGAAGGAGAAGAGAGAAGCGAAAAGGGUGAGAGAAGAAGCCGAGGUGAGGAAGGAGGAGAUGCUCAAGACAGAGAAGCUGAGAGAUGCCAAGAUGAUGGGGGAAGCUAAGGUGCAGGAGCAGAAGCAGCAGGCGAGGCAGGAGGAGGAGGAGGCUCUUAAGAGGGCCAAGGACGAUCUCCAGCACCUGUGGCUCAAGGACCAGGAGCGGAAAUUAGCUGAGCAUCGUCGCAGGGAAGAGCUGAGACGUCUUCGAGAGCUGGAGAAGCUUGAGCGAGAGUGGCGGAAGAAGGAGCUGCUGGAGGCACAGGUGAAGGCCGAGCGGGAGGCAGUGGUGACCCAGGAGCGCCGCCAGCAGGUGGAGGAGCGGCAGAAGGCACGCAUGGCGGCGGCGCUGCAGCAGAAGGAAGAGCUGCUACGGGUGACAGAUCACUGGAUGAUCACAGAGGAGAGGGAAAGAUCGGAACACCAGAACGCCAAAAAGGCAAAGGAGGACUACGAAUCCAGAAUCCGAGCUCAGAUUGAGGAACAGAGGGCGAGAAGGGCGAAGGAGGCGGAGAGACUGCGGCAGGAGAAGGAAGAGGCAAGCCUGCAGCUCAAGCUGAGACAAGCGGCUCUCACCAGACUCAAGAUGGACACCAUGCAGGAACUCAGAAAAAUGGCCCUUCCAGAGCAGCUGGUCCAGGAUCUUGAGAAGAAGCUCCAUUUGAAAAAUAAUGCAAAUAAGACGAGAAGAAGAAGAUGCUAACUUGUGUCGUUUUUGUGACUACUGUACUAUUAUAUUUGUAAAACUAUCCAUGGCCUUUAGGUGAGAGCUGAACCACAGAUAACUAUCAGAAUUAGAUAAAAAGGGAUUAAACAGUUCCUAAUGAUUAUUGUUUCACAAAUAUUGCAGCUUAUGCCACCUACUGUUUCACAUUGCAAUGGAUCUGAUAUUAGACUAGAAAUUACAGAGGAAAAAAAAAAACAGUUGUACAAGUAUCAGUUAUAAAAUAUUAUUUAAGAAUAUAAAACUAUUGAACUUUGAAUACCUGUCUUUAUUUAUUAGUAUCUUUAUGUUUUUAAAUCAAGCAAAUUAAUAGCAUUGUUAGUUUGAAGGGUAUGUAAUCAUGUGUAUUUUCUUAUGGUUAAUAUACAUAAAUAUUAUAUACAUAAACAUGCUUUGCUAUAUAAA